AUAAGAGCCGCGUCCCGCCAGAAGCGUCGGGGCGUGUGUUCGGUGCGGCGGCGAGUGGUGGCGCUGGGAGCGGCGCGGCGGCAGCAGCACCACCACCUCCAGAGCUCGGACCCGUUAGAUGGCUCAGAGCAUGGACAACAGCCUCGACAGCCUGGAUCUGUCCUCUGGGUUAAUCAUUGAAUUUUCUGAUAACGGCACGGAUGAGAUUGGUUCAGGUGACUAUGGAGACUAUGGAGAGCCAUGCUUCCAGCAUGAGAACGCUGAUUUCAACCGGAUCUUCCUGCCAACAAUCUACUCCAUCAUCUUCCUAACAGGAAUAAUCGGCAAUGGAUUGGUUAUUGUUGUUAUGGGCUACCAGAAGAAGCAAAGAAGCAUGACUGAUAAAUACAGGCUGCAUCUCUCUGUGGCUGACCUUCUUUUUGUCAUCACCUUGCCAUUCUGGUCUGUGGACGCGGCCAUAAGCUGGUACUUUGGGAAUGUUCUGUGUAAGGCAGUUCAUGUCAUUUACACAGUCAACCUCUAUAGCAGUGUCUUGAUUCUGGCCUUUAUAAGUUUAGAUCGUUAUCUGGCAAUAGUCCACGCUACCAACAGCCAGCGACCACGAAAGCUGUUGGCUGAGAAGGUGGUGUAUGUAGGUGUAUGGCUACCAGCUGUGCUUUUGACAGUGCCUGAUAUAAUUUUUGCCAGUACUAGUGAAGUAGAAGGAAAGUAUCUAUGUGAUCGCAUGUACCCUCACGAAAACUGGCUGAUUUCUUUCAGAUUUCAGCAUAUCUUGGUAGGACUUGUCUUGCCUGGUCUAAUAAUCCUGACUUGCUACUGUAUUAUAAUAUCUAAGCUGUCACAUUCAAAAGGCCACCAGAAGCGCAAAGCCUUGAAGACAACAGUUAUCCUCAUCCUUGCCUUCUUUGCCUGCUGGCUGCCAUACUAUAUCGGCAUUAGCAUCGACACAUUCAUCUUGCUGGGAGUCAUCAGACAUCGUUGUAGCUUGGAGACGAUAGUGCAUAAAUGGAUCUCCAUUACCGAAGCCCUGGCAUUCUUCCACUGUUGUCUGAAUCCAAUUCUGUAUGCCUUCCUGGGUGCCAAAUUCAAAACAUCAGCACAAAAUGCCUUGACCUCAGUUAGCAGAGGAUCAAGCCUCAAGAUUCUUUCAAAAAGCAAACGUGGGGGACAUUCUUCUGUUUCUACAGAGUCCGAGUCUUCAAGUUUCCAUUCCAGCUAACACUGCUCCUUGCCAUCAUUUUAUAAAUAGACACUUUAAAGUUGCGCAAGACUUCGAAAAAGCAAGACUGACGAUAAUGUACAGAUUUAUUUACAGUGGGAAUUUUAUAUUGUUUCUUCUAGUCUCUGUGAGGUUUAAUUGACUUAUUUAUAUAUAAAAAAAACUUUCAUAUUGAUGACAAACUGUCUAGGCAGGUCCUGUGGACAAGUGGCUAGUUCACAAAAGUUUUAGUGCUUGUCUGUAUGUAUAGGUAUGUGAACUAAACACUUCUGGGUUGUAGCAAAGUGACUGCUAAAAGUUUAGAAAGUAUUUCUCUGUUGUUUAUAUGUAAAUGUUUUCAGUGUUGCUGUUUAAAUUUUUAAAAUUUUGGCAGGAGAUUUUUACCUUACUACGAGAUGUUUGGUUUACAAUAGCUUAACUCUGCUGUAGAAAUGGCACUUAUAACCAAAACCUCCUCUGUUACAUGCUAGGGUUUUUUCCCCCCAUUCUCAGUAACUGAUGGUUUGCAAAGUUUUCUGUUCAAGGUAAAUAAAAGUUUAUGACAAAAAGUUA